CCGGUUCCCGCCCCCGCCGCCCUCCGUGCGCGGCGCUUCCGGCGGCGCCCGGCGCGGCGGCGGCUCCGGCGGCCCGGGCGGCUCCGCCCUCCGGACGGGAAUUAAAAUGCUUUCUAUGGGGACUUCUGCUUCUGAUGCCAGCACUCUUCUGAAGACCUCGUUUGUUGUAUGGUUUAAGGGAAGAUGAUGUUAGUGGAUUCUGAGCAUCCUUCAGGAGGCUGGUGACCCUUGUGUCAUGGGUGUGUCAUGGACAGCUUCAAACGCUCUUUUUCAAAACACCACAGGCAGUUAAUGCAACUUAUAAAGGACUCCUGACUUUUUGCAUCUUCCUAAGUCCUAUCUAGAUGUCACCAGUGUUUCCCAUGUUAACAGUUCUGAGCAUGUUUUACUACAUGUGCCUUCGGCGCCGAGCUAGGACAGCGACGAGAGGAGAGAUGAACAGUCGGAGGGCUAUUGAGUCGAACACCCGAGCCUUACCUAUCAAUGUUGAAAUAGUUCAGUAUGCCAAAGAAGUGUUGGAUUUCAGCUCUCACUACGGCAGUGAAAACAGCAUGUCGUAUACCAUGUGGAAUUUGGCGGGUAUUCCCAACGUGUACCCCAGUUCUGGUGACUUUACCCAGACUGCUGUCUUUCGGACUUACGGGACCUGGUGGGAUCGCUGCCCGAGCGCUCGGCUGCCUUUCACGAGGACACCAUCCACCUUCUGUAGCCAAGACUAUGUGGAACUUGCUUUUGAAGAGCCAGUUUAUCCCACUGCAGUGCACAUUCUGGAGACCUAUCAUCCUGGAGCUGUAGUCAGGAUUUUGGCAUGCUCUGCAAAUCCUUACUCCCAAAAUCCACCAGCUGAAGUAAGAUGGGAAAUACUUUGGUCAGAGGCACCUACCAAGGUGAAUGGUCCUCAGGCUCGGCAGUUCACACCUUGUAUCAAGCAGAUAAACUUUCCCACAAACUUAAUCCGACUGGAAGUGAACAGCUCUCUUCUGGACUAUUACACUGAAUUGGAUGCAGUAGUACUACAUGGUGUGAAAGAGAGGCCUGUGCUUUCACUUAAGACUUCAAUGAUUGAUAUGAAUGAUAUAGAUGAAGAUGAGGAUGAAGAGAAAUUUGCCUGUGGAAUGGACACCCUUAAUAAACAGUUCAGCAUUGUUACCCUCAGGGAAUGGCCAACUAAUGGAUAUUUUGAUAAACUGCCUUAUGAGCUCAUCCAGUUGAUUUUGAGUCACCUCACAGUACCAGACCUGUGUAGACUAGCACAAACUUGUAAGCUACUGUAUCAACAUUGCUGUGAUCCUCUACAGUACAUUCAUCUCAGUUUACAACCUUACUGGGCGAGGAUUAAUGACACAUCCCUGGAGUACCUACAGUCUCGCUGCACUCUCGUCCAGUGGCUGAAUUUAUCUUGGACAGGAAACAGGGGAGCCAUCUCUGUUUCUGGAUUUAGCAGGUUCCUGAAAGUCUGUGGCUCUGAGCUAGUACGUCUUGAGUUGUCUUGUGGCCAUUUCCUCAAUGAAACUUGCUUGGAGGUCAUCACUGAAAUGUGUCCAAAUCUUCAGGAAUUAAAUCUGUCAUCAUGUGAUAAAAUACCACCUCAGGCUUUCAACCACAUAGCCAAAGUGGGCAGCCUAAAGCGUCUCAUUCUCUACAGGACAAAAGUGGAGCAAACAGCCCUGCUCAGUAUUUUGAACUUCUGCUCGGAGCUGCAGCACCUCAGCCUGGGCAGCUGCGUCAUGAUUGAAGAUUAUGACCUUAUAGCAAGCAUGAUGGGAGCAAAAUGCAAAAAGCUUCGCAGUCUGGAUUUGUGGAGAUGUAAAAACAUAACUGAAAGUGGGAUCGCGGAGUUGGCUUCAGGCUGCCAGCUGUUGGAAGAACUCGAUCUUGGUUGGUGUCCUACGCUCCAGAGCAGUACAGGCUGCUUCACAAACCUUGCACGCAAGCUCCCCAAUCUGCAGAAGCUCUUUCUUACGGCCAACAGGUCUGUGUGUGACACAGACAUCGAGGAGCUCGCUGCCAACUGCACGCACUUACGGCAGCUGGACAUACUGGGAACGAGGAUGGUGAGCCCUGCAUCUUUAAGAAAAUUGCUGGAGUCUUGUAAAGAUCUUUCUUUACUCGAUGUGUCCUUCUGUUCACAGAUUGAUAAUAGAGUUGUGCUAGAACUGAAUGCCAACUUUCCUAAUGUGUUCAUAAAAAAGAGUUUCACCCAGUGACUUCCUAUAUAUGCUGCUGUGGAACUUGCUUGACAGAAUUGUUUUCCUGUAAAUUUGUGCUGAUUUAUUUUUUAAGGAGAAUAUAAAUCUGCUGUAAAAUAGUGGAAUCUAUUAAUUAUCUACACAAAUGGCUAAAUACAUUUAAACAUAUUAUGUUUCUUAAAGUUGAUAUUGUACCUAAGAAUUAUUUUACUCUGUUAUUUGGUGGCACUGCAUGUUUUUAAAUACGAGCCAUAUGUCUGGCUUUAAUGAGAAGCAAAUGAAUGUCUUCUUAAAUAUCCCUUCACAGGGUGUUAUACACAAUACACUAUGUUAAUAUCCAGGUGAAAGCAGAAGUUCAAUAUUUAUCAGUAAGGAAAAUAUGGGUGCUUCCUUUUCAUGUGUUUGUGUGUGUAUGUAUAAAGGUAUAUAUUUGUAUUUGUAUAUACAUACACAGAUAUUGUAGCAUUCUAGUUUGGCCUGCAGCAUAAGAUUUUAUGAUCUGGCCUAGAAUUAGUUAUUUGAAAACCAGUUUAAGUGUGUAUAAGAACAGAUAGAAAAGGCACUUUGUCUUCUUUGAGUUUUGGCAAUGAACUGUACCUGAUACAGUUUUCUCCCUUCCUUCACCUGAAAUAGAUGUAGUGAUGUUUUACAGUCCAGCCUAAGCAACACAACAGAUAAAUAUGAGAACCUGGACUGCCUGAACAUAGGGAAGAAAUGAAAAAUAAAAUUGACAGCUGCUUCUUGGUAUUGAGAUACAAAUUUUAAGCCAGGUACUUAAUGUUGUAACUGGUAACAUGUAGAAAACUCCAGAGUAGUUUUCUUUUUCAAGUUUCUGUCAUGGUCAAGUCUUGAUUUGUGAUACAUCUGGUUAUCGUGCAGAGUACCAUGAAAAGUAGAAUUUAGGAUAAUACAUGAACAACUGUCCUUUCACUGGCAUCCAAUCUACUGUCAGGUGUAAAAACAAGCAUCUUUGUUCAGUAAAACAGCAAUGAACAUAUAAUGGGUAUGAAACAAGGGCAAUAUGAUUUGAUGAUUUUAUGAUCAUCAAACCUUAGUACUGGAUUUGUUUUGUUUGGGUUUUGUUUGGGUUUUGUUUUGUUUUGUUUUCCCAAGAGGAGAGUAGCUCAAAGUACUAUUGCACUCUCUCUUUAAGACUGCUUAACCUCUGAAGAAGGAAAACUCUGUUGAUGGACGAUUUCUGGGAGUUUCUUCCUUUUGCACUUUCUUGGAUGAAGCUUUUCUCCUUUUUUUUCCUUGAAUACCUCUGCUAGAGUAUGUUGCUAUGUACAGCUUUGGUUUAGAAUUUUACCUUUUUAGCCAUUGUUGAUGCUUAUGGACCAUAAAAUGUAGGCUGUCGUUAGAUACUGGUUCUGUCAUUCUUGUAUUGAUGGCACUUACUACCUACUGGAAUAAGAAGAAAAAUACUUUGUCUGAGAGAAGUACAGUAUUGUACUGAAGAUCAGUGACAAGGAACACUUCAGUUCAUGCAGUAAAUAACCAACUGCUACGAGAGGACUGCUGCAAAUCAUUAAAAAUCUGACAAUCCCUGUGACUUCUGAAUGACUGCUCUGAACUCUUUGUGCUGGUGCCAAUACUUUAUAAACCGCGUCAUGAAACAGCUACCGAACAUUUAUCUGAUUUUAUCGAAAGACCUAGUUCUUCAGAUUUUUAAAUUUUGCUGAAUCUCUGGGGAAUUCCAGAUCCAAAGAAGGGCAUGCACAGUUGGCUUUUUGAUUUUUUUCCUCCACACAGAUGGCACUAUGGGAUUUCCAACUAGUUUAUGCCAUUCCAUUUUUUUUCUUCUUUAGAAAUCUGGGCAUUGUCAGAGAACUUUAGAUUGAUUUACUUCUUUUCCACACUGAAAGAUGUCAGCUUUGGUAUGAUUCUCUGUGAGACCUUAUUUCUCUCAGUCAUGUUUGGGUUCAUUUGUUUUUCUGUGAACUUCUAACUUUUGUAAUCUAUAUUUUUCAUUGUAAUUCAGUAUUAAACUUUAUUAUUCUAGUUGCAGGAGAACACAGGUACAGAUAAUGGGAGUUUACAAAGAACAGAGUUUCAAAACAAAUUUUUUUUGUUGUAAAAUUUCACUUCUCAGGGGUUGUUCGGUGUUUAACUCCUUUUUCUUCUGUAGAAAUCUGUUUUGUUUGUUUUUCACUGUAAAUAGAAUGAGAUGUGGAUGAAGUGAUAGCCAUUGUGCCUUCAAACUGGUAAACUUGGUAGAUAAUACAGUUUAACUUCUCACCAGUGAAUCAAAUAUGUGUUUUUGUAAUCAUGUACGUGUAAAGAUUUUUAUUCUCUGUUGCUUUUUAGGUAAAGGUUUAAAUUGAAAUUUUGUUCAUACUGAAGGAUUUUUUCUUUCUUAUGUUGCGUCUUGUUUGAAAUUGGUUUUUUUGGGAGUUCUGUAUUGUCACUUGGAAGAUAAAUUGAAGUUGACUAUUUAUUUGGAUUGUUUAAAACUUAGCUAUUGCCAACAUAUAAUUAAUGAAUUCAAAAAGCAGAGAAACUUUUGGGAAUGACUUCCAUCUAUAGUUGUAGACUUCAACCUUCAGCUAGAGAGUAAGAAGCUCUUUUAGCUAUGGCCUUAUAAGUCCAAGAAGUCUUCCAGCAAAACAAAGUUAGACCAGAGAUGGCAUUUGUUGUACUUGUAGGAUAAAGACAACAACUUUCUUUUAGACUUUCCUCAUAUGCCACAAAAAAGCAAGAAUAGGUUGCUGUCUCUUUCGUCUGCUAUCUUAUACUUACGUUUGUCUAUUUAUUUAUACAUAUGUAUGCAUAAAUUAUAUAUAUACACACACAUAUGUUCGUGUGUAUAUAUGAUUUUUUUUUGGAUGUGUGUACAUACAUAUACAUAUAUGUACGAGUCUCAAAGUUUUUCAUGUAGGAGUUACUUCUGUAAAGUGAGUGUAAUAGCAAAAGAUGUUUCAUAGCAGUUCUGCUUUCAGCUGUUGCUUUACUCUACCUGGAGACUGAGUUCAUCUCCACCCAUGCAGCAGGAAAAGCGUGGACAGAUGUGCUGGAUUUCCAGUGUUGCUUUGCCAAAGUGCCUUUUGGUUUGUCUGCUCGUGAGAGGUGUUACAGGGUGUGAGGAGUGAGUGCAAAGUCUGAUAACUACUGUGGACUGUCUCCUUGUGAAGCAGUCGUGUGGAGGGAAACUUCUAUUCUAGUUUCAUUUAGUCCAAAAUGAAUGAUGUCAGUUCCUCCAUUGGAGGAAUUUAAUUACUCUUGAGUUGGGUUGUCAUCUCAAUCACUAGACUGUCCAUCAGUCAUGUCAUCUAAAUUCUGCUGUUAAGGAUAUUCCUUUUUUUAAUCCUCUUGUUUGAUUAUCAGUCUUUCUGAAGCUUUGUAAAAGAUGUGCUUUGGCAACAAAUGUUAAAAAAACAAGGCUAACGUCCAAAAAAGGGGGUUUGCUCUGAAAUUCUCCUGUUUUUAAACUAAAGGCAGACUUCCCUAUCCUCUCUAUGAAGUCAAUGUGGGAUGGCCUAUAGGAAAAGAUGUCAUUCCUUGGAUAAUUUUAAAAACUAGUAUGAUAACUUCACCAUUUAAAGCAUCUUCUUAACUCUUCAAGGCUUUAAGUCAGUAGUGUACUUAUUUAUAUUCAUAAUUUUGAGCUGUCUGGCUACAUUACUCUAUGAAAUGGAUAGGGUCUCUGUUCUUUAAAUUAUACAUCUGAUUAAGUCCAUUAGAGAGCAUGACUUAUAUAGAACAGUUUUGCGUGGGAAUUUUGACCUUAUAAUCCCCCAUGUACUUGGAGGUCUAAGUUUCAGACAAAAAGCUACAAACAAACAACAAAACCUACCAAAAACUUUGUAUUUCCUUAGAGCUCUUAUGCUAAGUUUUCCAGAUACAAGUUGUCCAGUAAUCAUGGUACACAGUGAGUAGAAUUCAUCUCACUGAAUGUUAGUUCUCUGAAAGUUAGAUAUCUACUUCAAGGGAGGAAUCUGGGCACCUCUAGAGAGUUAUUAAUCUCCUAAGGCAGACAUUUAAGGAAAGUAGAAUGAAUCAUGUUCUAGAGAGCCUCUCUGGAGACUGUGGAAGCUGUGAUUUAGCUCAGGUUAGAUACUAAACUGAGAUUAAUUCCAUCCAGUGCUGUACUACCUGUCUUGCAAAAUAAGACUGAAACAACAUCCAUCCUUAAACCUUCAAACCCUCCAAAUUCCAUCCAGAGAGAAGCAAAAAAAAAAAGAAAUUCUGACAACCUUGAGGACUCCUCUUAAUGCCAGGAUCUGCUUCUCCCCUUGUCAGUGCCUGUGGUAUAUAAUUUGUUUUAUUUUGUUUGUUUGGCUUUUGGGUUUGGGUUUCUUUUGGAAAUGCAUCCCCUUUCCCUGUUCCAAAAUCUCAUGUACCUAACUGGCUGUAUGCAUAGUUCUGUAAAUGCAUGAAGUGAACAGACAAACGUAAUUAAUGUAUUGCCACUAUUUUGAUAAUCUUUCAUAUUGCUAUAAUUAAGACUGAGUAGUUUAACUGCUCUGCUGUCAUCAGAAAUGUCACCCACUGUGCAUUUGCAAAAAUUUUGUGCUGAAUGCUGGUUCUUACUGUGUGUACUUAUUGAAUCUUACGGGAUAUAUUUCCCAUGUCACAUUGGCAGGACUAAAUUUACAAAAUUGAGAUAAAAUGUAGCAUUUUAUUAUAAGGACUAUGGGAGCGACUUCAUAUAUAUGAUUUCAAUGUUCAUUAUUGGUCCUUGACAAUGAUUCUGUAAGCUGUAGCUUUUCAAAUUACUGGACUAGAAAUCCCUGGUUUAAAGCAUCUGCACCUGCUGUGUGAGACUCAGUGUUUUUUCCCAAAUGAAGGCAUUAGUUCUUCACUGAGAUGAUGAUUUCUGUGAUUUUUAGAUUUCUGACGUGAUAAUGAAAUGCAAGAAGGUGCUCUUUAAUAAAUGUUACUAGGCACAGGACAAGUUUUGGUAAUUGACAUUUGGAAGGGCUGAGAAAUGAGUGUUGGAUGUUACAGAUCCUCAUGAGCUUCAGAGAAGGGCAUCAGCAGGAGGAGUCUUUAAGAAGAUUCAGCUUCUGUAAUAGAAGGCAGUAGUGAGAUUUUCCUUUUCAGCUGAUGGACUAAAUACUGUUACUUUUGUUUGAGUUAUAUAGCUCUGGUUUCACUUUGUCUUGUCAUUUGAGGAUGGUAAAUGGCACAGUUAGGACAGACGUCCUAAACUGAAGGGCAUCCAUUGUGAGGAAUGAAGUUUUUCUGUUGCAUGUGUUUUUCACCUUUUAUGAAAAUAAAAGAAUAAAAAUACCCUCAACUAUUUGAAAACUCAUUUUCUGUAGAUUUUGAAGAAAUGCAAAUGUCAAGAAGGUUGAGAAAACAAAAAAAAAAGGAGACAUCUAGAUUUAUCUGGAAACUCAUGGAAUGGUAGCCAGAGCUAUUUAUAGAUGUGAGGAAAGUCAGUCCCUUGCUCUAGAUCAGCUGCUACCUUUCCCAGAAACAUAGCUUUCCACAUAGUACCACAUGCUCAUACUUCUAAAUCAAGAUUUACCAUUUAGAUGCUCUUAAUAUUGGCCUUUCAUGUACAUGUUUGUGCAGUAAGUCACGAUGUCUCUUUGUGUCAUUUUUAUCAACUACAUAAAAUUUUUUUCUUUGCUUCAAAAAAUGUUCAUUGUGAAAUCAUGUUUUUUGUUAUUUGAUGAAACUAUUUCAUGCAUGUACACACAGGUGUAUGUAAGACUUAAUUGCUCAGGUUUUUUGCAACUGGUCCUUUUCUGAGGACAAACUGCAGUAUGGGGGUAAAAAUGGUAAAGUCUCUGGAGAAGGUUCAAGGGAAAUCUGAUCAAUGUAUAGGGAAUACCUGAUGGAGGGGAAGAAGGAAGAAGAGGGAGCCAGAUUCUUCCCAGAGAUGCCCAUGAACAGAACAAGAGGCAUUGGGCACAAACUGAAGCACUCAAGAUGAUAUAUUUUAUGGCACAGGUUGCCUGGGGAGCUUGUGGAUUCUCCAUCCUUGGAGAUACUCAUAGUCCUGGGCAACUGGCUGGGUGGCCCUACUUGAGCUGGUGGAGGCUGGACUAGAUGAGCUCCAGUGGUCCCUUUCCAGCCUCAUCUGUUCUUUGUUCUAUGAUCUGAGAUACACCUGUGGUUGGUUGCUUUGCUUCGUGGCACUGAUUGCUCAUGGAGAAUAGAAAAAGCAGAAAGCUUUCACAGCAGUGCAGAUGUAGGCCUAAAGUUAAAAAGGUACAAGAAUGAGGACAUAGAACAAUAAGACUAUGUUUUUGUGCUGUGUAGAGUUAGGCCUUAGCAAGUAGAAAAAUAUGUUAAGCAAGAUACUAGGAAGGUUUAAUAAUGGGGCACUCUGCUUUGUUUGUAGGAGAGUAUAAAAAGUUCCUGAAUAGCAAAAAAAUGUGAAACAAGCACCAGUUGUUGGAUACAAGGUAUACGUGUCAUUUUAAUGAUUGGUCUGUGCAGAUGCCUGUAAGCUUUUAACGAUUUGUGAUUAGUUAGAAAACUUUUAAAAGGCCUUGUAACAUAGAGAAUUCUGGCUGCGGUUGGCAAGAGGUGAGCUGUUGCCAUCUUGUCUCACCCUGUACUGAGGCUGAUGUCGCAAUAAAGCUUGAGGAACAUCUCCUGGCAGUCCCAUACUGUUAUUUGGAAAAUUAGAGUUCCAACAAUUGCUGAAGAAGGUAGGGAGAGGGGAAAAGAAAGACUAUCUGUCAUAAGAAACUUGUUAUGUCGAGAACAGACACAAGAAUCUUGUACUUUUUUUUUUUUUUAGGAGAAGUAAUGUAUCUCUCAGUUUAAAUUAGCAGGAAAAUCUAAAUGGAAUAAAAUUUUGGUAAUGUUUUCAACUUGCAGAUCUGUAACAUAGAGAACACACAACUGUUCUAUGGGAGUAUGAUUGUCACUUCAAAGCCUGAACAUUACACCAAGGACUAAGAAAAAUAAUCCUAUUCUUGGGCACUGGCAAUAGUUUCUAGUUAGAAACUGAGUUGUCUAUAAUACACUAGGAGUAGUUCAGUUCGUAUAUCUUUAAUAUUUGUUUACAUAGACCUUACACUGAAUUGGGAUUGCCAUGGUGCAGGUGACAGUUCUCCCUGCUUACUCUGUUGGAAACUGAGUAUAGCAGUUACCUGUUUGUAGUGUCAAACACGAAUGUUUGAAUUCAGGUGAAAAAGAGGACCAAGUUUACAAAACACUGAGAUGUCUGAGUGCUUUAGGGAGGUACCAUGUAUAAUUGUGAGUUCCUAUCUUUUGUAUAUUUACUAUUCUACCAUUAAAAUGGGUUCCCUUUUAUCAGACCUUGGUGUCUCUAGAUUUUUCUUUAGGGCAGUGCUACAGAUUUUUGCACACACUCACUGUUCUGAAAUUAAUAGAGAAAGGAGCUGGCUUGGUUAGGAUUUGGAAAGUAAUGGCUAGUCUGUGCUUGAAAUUUUUUCAGAAUAGCUGCUAAAAGUAAAUCAAAAUAACCAGGAAUUGAUGUGUUCACAGGGAGACCUUGCGCUUUCUGAUUUCACUUUGGCAUACAGACUGUUACAGGUGCCCUUCGGCUGUCAUAGUGAAAUCUGUGUGAUGGUGAUCUUUCUGGAUUUUGUUAGUGAACAUAAAGGCACUGCAGCUCUUCAGCAUCUUGUGGCAUUUUGCAUUUAUGUCCUUGCCAGGCAGAUGGCGGAGUUGUGGAGAUUGGCCUGAUCUCUGGAAGUGAGGUGUGUGAAUUGCCUGGGGAAAUUUCCUACUCAAAUUUACUCAUGUGUGCAGAUGAGAAGGAAAGGCAUCUCCAGACUUUCACAUUUAAAUUCCUAAACCUUGCUCCUGGAUUCAUUUAAACAUAAUAGGUCUCUCCCUGCCCCCAUCACAUAACCAGCAACAAAAUACUUGCACUGUAUUUAUGAUUUAAUAGUACACUCCAUUUUCUGCCAUGAUAGGAGUUUGAGUAAUGUAACAAGAAACUCCUAUUGCAUUACCUUUUAAAGAAAGUAAUUUCUGUAAAGGUGGAAGAGCAGCAAUAGAGGGAAGAGUUCCAGACACUAUCUCUAAGUACUUGUGCUGCUAUGCCUGUAAGCACCAGAAGCAAGUUAUGCCUUUUUGUAAUAACAAGUUGAGAAGGACAAAAGGGAUAAUUGCCUCUAAGCACAUUUUCUGUAGCUGGAGGAUAUUUAUAUCAUUGAGUUUUAAAUAUCUAGAGUAGAUACUAAAGUUAGGACACUAUUCUCCUAGGGUCCUGUCGCUGAGUAGAUUGCUUCUUCGAUAGGGUAAUUCAGAUCGGAUUAGUCUUCAAUUGAGGUCUUGAAUUGACCUUUGGAAAAGCAGAAGUCUGUGUAGACCAAAUCAAAUUUCUGUUGGAAGCCAGCACGAGUGGAUUCAGAGUGAGAGGUUGCUUACCUCUUGGUGCUCUGUAUUAGUCCUCUAGCUUGACUUGCUUCCACCAAAGGCCACCACUUGCGCUUUGCUCUGUUAGUUGAACUGGAUCUGAUUGCUCCCUACAAAAUAUCUUGGUUAAAACUAGAAAACAGCUUGUUUUCUAGUAGUUGUCCUUUUGGUUGUUUGGGGAUUUUUUACCUUCCCAAUUUGGCUAUUAAAGCCAGCAGAAGGAAGGGGGCAUUUAGCUUCAGUUAAAAGAAUAACAAGCAGCAGGUGGGAGCAUGUUGGUUGUGCAAAUGUUUUAAUUCAAAUUAGCCUAAAUGAGGAUAGUCACUCUUGAUUGUGAUCUGCUUAAUUUUUACAUAGUUCAUCUCAGUACUGUGCCACAAAACUUUCCAAAGUGAGGUUGUUUAUUUGCAUCUCAUGAUGAUGGCUCAAGCCCUAAAGUAUAAAAUGCUACUGUGAACAUAUGAGAACAUUCAGGUCCUAGCGGGCUUCAAUAAGUUUCCCAAAAAAGGUCCUUCCUUCCAAACAAAUGUUGGAAGCUUUAGAUUAGAAAGGCUAAUAAAGAAACAAAGGAGUUUCUUUAAUAAACAUAUUUCAAGUAUGGUGAAGGCAGUGGUUAGCAAAACUAAGCCAGAGGGAGGGGCAGCAGUUCUCAGAUGUGGUUUUCAGGACUGUCUUCCUGAUCUUAAGCUGCAUUGGCCCGUGAAACUAACAUCCACUCCUUUGCAAUCCUAAAUAUAGUCAGUAUUCCAAGAGCUCUUUCUCUGUGUGCAGUCUUGGAUCCCAAAUCUUUUCUGUGCUCCUAUUAGCCCCACUGUUAGUUUUGUGCUCCUCUUAGUAUACUAGCAAUAUUUAUCUUAACAUCUAUAUUUGUUUUUAAUAUUCCUCUCUGACACUCAUGCUUUUCUUUUAUACUUCAGCAAGUACUAGAUUACAUUUCACAACAAGAUUUUUCCUCUGGUCUGUGUUCUGCUUGACCGAGAGUAAGUGGAAGAUAAUGUUACUGGUGUAUUCCUUCUUUGCAGAUUUGGCUGUUGUAUCUUCUUUCUGUGUGUAAACCCAAAGGUUUACAUUUGCAUUUGCAGACACAGCUGGGACAUGGAUACCUGCCUCCUCCUCUUUUGACUCAUGCUUUUGGGGUAUGAAGUAUGGAUUGACUUGAACACACACAUACACACAAAACAGAGAUGUUAGCCCUGUAUUCAUGGGGGAUUUCAUUUCCUAUUGAGAAAUCAUCUAAUGCCUUAUAUUGCUAAUUCAAAGAUAAAAUCUUAUCUUUAAAAAUUAACCAAUGGUUUCUAUUUAGGAAAUUAAGCCUGUUUUCUUCUGCUUUCUUCUUCUGUGUUGGAUCAUUUAAAAUGUCGUAGUACUGUGUUGUGCAGUUUACUCUAUUACUGCCAAUAUAAAGAAAUAGAAAUUAAUGUUCUCCCUGAGUUGUCAGUGUCUGCUAAUUCAGAGAUGACAGAAAUGUGUUAAAUAUUACAGGUGGAAUAUAUUUUAUCUUGCUUUGCACUUAAUUUGUUUCCCUUUGACUGUGUUGCAAAAUGCCAAGUGUACAUAAAAUAAUGAAUAAAUAAAAAAUAAAUUAUUUGUCUACAUUCA